UCCCAGCUCCAGCUCACCCCGCUCCACAUUGCUCCUCAGCUACCGUCUACAAAGCCACCAUGUCUUGCCGCUCCUACAGAGUCAGCUCUGGCCGUCGGGUGGGAAGCUUCAGUUCUUGCUCAGCAAUGGCCCCUCAGCAUCUGAGCCGCUUCCGGGCCAGCUCUGUCUCCUGCAGGAGUGGGCCUGGCUUCCGGGGCUUGGGUGGUUUUGGUAGUCGGAGCGUCAUCAACUUUGGAUCAUCCUCACCCCGGAUAGCAGUUGGAUGCUCUCGUCCUGUCCGCUGUGGAGUUGGCUUUGGAGCUGGCAGUGGGAUGGCCUUUGGAUCCGGUGAUGGUCUGGGCUUUAGGGCCAGCAGCGGUGUUGGCCUGGGGUUUGGGGCUGGUGGCUGCACUGGCUAUGGAUUCGGAGGUCCUGGAUUCGGAGGCCCUGGCUUUGGUAGCCCUGGCUUUGGCUACAGAAUCGGAGGAAUUGGAGGCCCAUCAGCCCCCGCUAUCACAGCUGUGACUGUUAACCAGAGUCUGCUGACACCCCUCAACCUGGAGAUUGACCCCAAUGCCCAGAGGGUGAAGAGAGACGAAAAGGAGCAAAUCAAGACCCUCAACAACAAAUUUGCCUCCUUCAUUGAUAAGGUGAGGUUUCUGGAGCAACAGAAUAAACUCCUAGAGACCAAGUGGAGCUUCCUCCAAGAACAGAAAUGUGCCCGGAGCAAUCUGGAGCCUCUCUUCGAUAACUAUAUCACCACCCUGCGGAGGGAGCUGGAUGUCCUAAGCAGUGACCAGGCUCGGCUGCAGGCAGAGAGGAACCACCUGCAGGACAUCCUUGAGGGCUUCAAGAAGAAGUAUGAAGAGGAGGUGGUAUUCCGGGCCAACGCCGAGAAUGAGUUUGUAGCGCUGAAGAAGGAUGUAGACGCAGCUUUCCUGAACAAAUCUGAUCUGGAAGCCAAUGUGGAUGCUCUGAUCCAGGAAACUGAAUUCCUGAAGGCUCUGUACCAUGAGGAAAUCGAGAUGCUGCAGUCACACAUAUCAGAGACAUCUGUCAUCGUGAAGAUGGACAACAGCCGGGACCUGAACCUAGAUGGGAUCAUAGCUGAAGUCAAGGCACAGUAUGAGGAGGUGGCGAGGCGGAGUCGUGCAGAUGUGGAGUCAUGGUACCAGACCAAGUAUGAGGAGAUGCGAGUGACUGCUGGCCAGCACUGUGACAAUCUACGUAGCACACGGGACGAGAUCAAUGAACUGACCCGGUUGAUCCAGAGGCUGAAAGCAGAGAUCGAGCAUACCAAGGCUCAGUGUGCCAAACUGGAGGCUGCUGUGGCUGAGGCAGAGCAGCAGGGUGAAGCAGCCCUCAAUGAUGCCAAGUGCAAGCUGGCUGAUCUGGAGGGUGCCCUGCAGCAGGCCAAGCAGGACAUGGCCAGGCAGCUUCGAGAGUACCAGGAGCUCAUGAAUGUCAAGCUGGCCCUGGACAUCGAGAUUGUCACCUACAGGAGGCUGCUGGAGGGCGAGGAAACUCGGAUCUGCGAAGGAGUUGGGCCAGUAAACAUAUCUGUGAGCAGCUCUCGAGGAGGUGUGCUGUGUGGGCCCGAGUUGGUCUCUGGAUCCAGCCUUUCCCACAAUGGUGGAGUCACCUUCUCCACCAGCAGCGGCAUCCGUGCCACCGGAGGGGUUCUGGCUUCCUCAAGCCUGAGGGCUGGUGGGGACCUGCUGAGCUCUGGGUCCAGAGGAGGCUCAGUGCUGGUGGGUGAUGCCUGCGCCCCCAGCAUCCCCUGUGCACUGCCCACUGAGGGAGGCUUCAGUAGCUGCAGUGGUGGUCGUGGUAACAGGAGCUCCAGCGUCCGCUUCUCAUCUGCCACCACCUCCCGCAGGACCAGGUACUGAGCACCUAGCCCCAGGGGCCACUGCCCGGAGAAGAACCAGCUGAACAUCCCCUGCUCCUAUCCCCUGAGGUGCACAGACUCUGGUCCUGAGGGAUCUCCAGCCACUCUUCCUGCCAGCACACAAACCUAGCCCAUGUCCUCCUGAAGGAUUCUCCCUAAUUGCUUUCCUUCAGAUCCUCCUCAGGCUCCAGCCACAGUAAAUGUAUUUUCAGCACUACUGCUGAAAGCAGUGGCCCUGGGGAGAGAGGGGUGGUUCAGAGCCAGCAUGAGCACAGACCCCUGGGAUCUGCAGGCAUCCUUAGCCCAUCUUGUCCCUCCCUCUUCCCUUCCCUGGCAGAAGAUGCUUCGUUAUCCCUCCCCUGACCCCAGAGGGCACACAGUCCUUGGUGGCCCCAGGGAUACCUAAGUUCCUGUGACAGUUCUUCUCCCAGUGGUUCAUCCGGGCCAUUUCUCUUAUGGUUGUUGGUUUAUCUGCGGUAUGUGGGUCUGCCAAGUAGGUGGAGUUCAGAUGGAGAGGUGGUCUCUUUAGCUCCAUGUGCCUUGUUCUUGUGGUGAUGAUAUGAGGCCCAACUCUGUGCCCUGUGGUUGCAGCAGGGUUGUGUCUGCAAACUCUGGGAGUCUGAGGGUGGGCGGGACCUGUUUGUACUACUCUUUGUAUUUCUGGGUUUUCAAUAAACUUGCCAAGCUAACUUCA